AUGACCUCAGCCAUGGAAGAGUUCCCUCAGCGGUUGCCGAUACCCAAGGGCCCAGCCAGAGGCAAGUUCUGCUUCCGCCGUCCACGUGAGGCUCGCUUCAAAACACAGCCAGUCACAUUUGCUGAGAUUGCAGAAGUUGAAGAAGAAGGCUCCUCUCCAGUGGAGGAGGAGAAGGCGCGUCGCUCCUUUCAGCAGUCACUGGAAAACUUGGUACGAAGCUCGCAGACUCUCCAUGGCCCAACAACCACUCAUCACGGUUUUUGAUCUUAAGGCAGUGAUGACCAGCAUGACUCUGCCGCCCGCCAUCAUCUUACUGGAUGAUCCAUCUGGACUUCAAGAUCAAUUUGUCUUUCUUGGAUACCUCUAGAAAAGGCAAUUGUACACAGAUUCCAUUUGCUUUCUGUUCUUGUGUUUACUACAUAAGCAAUUUGCAAGCUUCAGAAAUGUAGAACAAAACUUUAGAAAAUGUGCUUUAUAAUUGUGUAUACAUCUUUGUAACCAUCAGAAUUUUGUAUCAUAUAUUACUCAUCAUGCCAGAACUCUGUGAUAGACUCAGUUAAGUAGAUUCACAUAUGAAAAUCCAUAGAAACUUUA